ACGUGCAGAAGCGGGGCAUUCCCCGGAGACCGAACAUCCGCCAGUGGGACUUCUGGUGUAUUCCCGGCGGACAUUUUGAUUGCUGUAGAGUCUGUGGCCGGUCAGAAGUCCUGGUGUCUGGUGUUGGGAGCGAGGUGAAGGGCCAAGAAGGAAGAGGAGGCUCUGUGCUCACUGGACAGUAGCGGGUCUUAGGGCCUGGCCCACCGCCGGCUUCCGGGAGUAACCCGGCGGAAUCCAAAUGAGUCCUUGGAGUGUCUCUUCUGCUGCGCUGAGGGAACCAGCUGAGGGUAGUGUGACCUUUGAGGAUGUGGCCGUGUACUUCUCCUGGGAGGAAUGGUGUCUUCUUGAUGAGGUUCAGAUACACCUGUACCUUGAUGUCAUGCUGGAGAACUUUGCACUUGUAUGCAUGCUGGGUUCUUGGCGUGGAGUCCAAGAUGAAGAGACACCUUCUGAACAGAGUGAAUCUGCAGAAGGAGUCUCACAGAUUAGGACCCCAAGGGCCAUUUUGUCCCCUGAAAAGGCCCAGCCCUGUAAGAUAUGUGUCCCAGUCUUGAGAGACAUUUUGCAUUUGGCUGAAGUGGAAGGAACAAAUAGGACACAGAAAACAUACUCAUGUAGGGCAUGUGGGAAAGAAUUCUGUUUUACUGCAAACAUUCAACAGCACCAGAAGCAAUACAUUAGAGAGAAACCCUUUCAGUAUGAUAUGGUGAGAUCCUCAUUUUUGAAAAGCUGCACAAUUCAUGCAACAGGGAAUCUCUCUACCAACAUGGAGAUUGGGAAUGACUUCAAGGCCAACAUGGUAGUUCAGCCACAGGCCACUAAUACCAGGAAGAAACUGAACAACAGUAAGGAGUGUGAAGCUGUUUUUCACAGUGACAGAAGCCAUCAGAACUGGGGAGAAGGCAAGAUGGCCUCCAGCCACACAGACAUACUUGUUCAGAAUGAGAGAAUUCUCACUACUGAAAGGUCUUGUGAGUCCAACAAAGUUAGGAAUGCUGGCACCCAAAGAAAUAGUGUUACUCAGCACCAGAAAGUUCACACUGGAGAAAUGUCUUUUGAAUGCAGCCAUUGUGGAAAAUGUUUUACCCACAAGUCCGGUUUCCUUGCACAUCAGAGAUUUAACUGUGGAGGAACGUUUUAUGAUUGUACUGAGUGUGGGAAAUCCUUUAGCCGAAGGAAAUACCUCAUUGCCCAUAGAAAAAUCCACACUGGAGAAAAGCCUUUUGAGUGCAAGAAAUGUGAUAAAUCUUUUACCCGAAAGGGCAACUUAAUUGAACAUCAGAGAGUUCACACUGGAGAAAAGCCUUAUCAGUGCAACCAAUGUGGAAAGUUUCUUGUCAGCAAAUCUAGUUUGUCUGUACAUCAGAGAGUUCAUAGUGGGGAAAGACCUUAUAAAUGCAGUGAAUGUGGGAAAUAUUUUAUUACUAGGUCUGCCCUCUAUUCUCAUCUGAAAGUUCACACUGGAGAAAGGCCUUUUGAGUGCACUGAAUGUGGGAAAUCUUUUACUAGUAAGUGGAUCCUUUGUAACCAUCAGAGAGUACACAGUGGAGAAAGACCUUUCGAGUGCAGUGAAUGUGGGAAAUUCUUCAGCCGAAAUGAACAACUCAGUGCUCAUAUGAAUGUUCACAGUGGAGAAAAACCGUAUGACUGUAGUAAAUGUGGGAAAUCUUUUCCUGCUAGGUCAAGACUUCGUCAUCAUCAGAGAGGUCACACUGUUGAAAGGACUUUUAAGUGAAGUUAUCCUUUAGCCAGAGACAGCUUCUGCAUAUCCACGGGAAAAUCCUCACUGGAGAAAAGCCUUUGAGUGAAGGAAUGUGAUAAAUCCUUCACCGACAAAUUCCACUUGUUUAAACAUCUAAAAGUUUCAUACUGUAAGGGGCCUCGUGAGUAUAUCAAAUAUAUAUGGUACUGACGUUGGCGGAAUUUGAGGUGGUAACAGGGUGGGAAGUACUUGUGCAGUCACUGUGCAGCAAAUGGCCCCCUUCUAGGGAGGAAACUGAGCAUAGAAAUGAUGUGUCAUCUAUUUGUGAUCUCCCAGGAGUGGACAUGGAUAUGGAUUCAGUGCCAGGCUGCCUUGUUCAGGAUGUGGGCCGUCUGUUCACCUCAGUCCUCUUCCACCCACCCCGUCGAUUUUGAGGACUGAAAGAACACCUUAUCCAUCCUCAUACUUCUGCCCUGCUCCAUCCCCACCAGAAUAUCUCUGCUCAUACCCCAGUCCCUUUCUGAUGAACAGUAGUUUCUUUUCUGUGGCAUUCAACAUUAUUGCCAUUUGAGGUGUCUAACUUAGAGAGGUAGAGGGACUUCCAUAACAGCUCACUACUGCCAGACCAUUCAUAUGUGUGGUUCUUCUACACUGCGCAUGGCCACUGGCUUCUCUUCUGUCCCUGGGAGCAGGGACUGUCCACACCCGACAGGGCUCUGAGCUCUACCUCUCCCAGUGUACCUCUCCUUCCUGCAAGCGUCCUCCUGAGAUAAAUUCUUCUCAGGGACGGCAGCAUGAAACCAGCCAGCCUGGAAAGGAUCAUUGUCCUUGUUUCCCCAUCACGUGGUUUACCCGCUUACCAUUCUGGACAGUGUAAGGGACACUGAAUGACUAAGAAUGUCUUCUGUGGGCCUCACAAGGCCUGGUCCCCAAGGCUUCUCUUCCUAACCCCUUUACCCAUCAUCACACUUGACCUACCUAUCUUAAAAACUAAGACUUGGAAAAAAAAAAACAAAACUAAGACUGAAUUCAGGCCAAACCCUUUAAUGAAGACUGUAAAACCUCAUUUAGAAUUAUAAUUUAAAUUGCAUUUCCUUCAGAAUUAUUAAUGUUGAGCUUUUUUUUUUUUCUCUCCAUGUGUCUAUUUUGUACCUGUAUCUCUUGUUUGGUUAAAUUUCUGUUCUUUUGCAUAUUUGAUUUUGUAUGAUUUGGCCAUUUUCUCUUUCCUUGACAAAUAUGGGAUUGGGGAAACAAAGACAUUUGUGAUAUUUCAUUCAUUCACCAAUAAUGUGAAUGACUUCUGCAUGGAAUUGUAAUUUAGAGUACUAAAAGAGUGUUUUUUUGUUUUCCUCACUUUUUUUUUUUUACUAUGCAUAAUAUAAUGGCCCCAUACAUUAUAAAGGGUUUAAAUAAAUCUGCCUUGUUAACAUAUGCUACCUCAAUCUUAAGUCCAGACAUUGAAUCAUAUAGUAAAUUAAGCCAUGAUUUGUAGUGUUUGCCAAUUUUCCUGGUGUAUAUACUCUCAUCAUAGCCAGUAGUCACACUGAGAACAUAAUGUCACUGAACAUGGAGUUGGGAAGCAUUGCCAGUAGCCCACCAUUGUCUGUGUGUGUUUUUCUAUCAUACAGAUACAGCCACUUAAGAAUGUAGCUAAUAAAGCCAUAGUAGAAUGAUUUUUUUAAAAUUUAUUUUUGUCUGUGCUGUAUCUUCCUUGCACACAGGCUUUCUCUAGUUGGAUCCAGUGGGAGCUACUCUUGUUGCUGUGUGCAGGCUUCUCAUUGCAGUGGCUUCUCUUGUGGAGCACUGUCUCUAGAGAGUGUGGCCUUUGGUAGUUGCAGCUUGCAGGGCCUAGAGCACACGGGUUUCAGUAGUUGUGGCCCAUGCGCUCUAGAGGGCUGGCUUAGCAGUUUUUGUGCACGGGCUUAGUUUCCCCAUGGCAUGUGGGAUCUUACCGGACUAGGAAUUGAACUUGUGUCUCCUGAAUUGGCAGGCAGAUUCUUAACCACUUGACCACUAGGGAAGCCCCAGGAUGAUUUUUUAAAGAGAUAGGUUUUGCGUAUUUGUUUUAAAAAUCAUUUAAUGAAUGUGGAGUUGACUUACAAUAAACUGCACAUAUUUUAAAAUGUACAUUUUAACUUUGUGAUACUUGUGUGUACCUCUGAAAAUGGUUUCAUCCUGCCAGUUUUAAUUCAUUCUCAACAUUAUGAUACAAGAGCAUAUUCUACUUUUGUAAUGACUGUUUUCAAAUGUAUAUAUAAAUGAAAUAACUGUUGGAUCCUACCUCUGUCUUACCUCAGUUUCUUAUAUUUAAAUUUUGAGACACAGAAUAGGCAGGCCUACUCCUGACCCCAUGAUGGGUAUUUGGGUAGUUGAAUUUUUCAUGGCCUUGUUUUCCUUCAGCCUGCCAUGAUUAGAUGAGACUUUAUAGGAAGACUUGUCAGGCAGUCAUGUGUAUUUGUAGCAUCUGUAGCUGUAGGUGUUUGAGUCGCCUAUGCAACAUUAGUUGUUCUUUGAAUAGAAAUUCAAAACAUGCUCUUGAACAUCACUUGAUGAAAAUCAAAUCCUUUUCCAAGGACGUUUACAGCUAUUAAAAAGUAUUUACCCACUACUUUGAAUGUUUAUUUCAAACCAGUUACUGUAAUAGUUGAUAUAUUUGGGUUUAAAUACAUUUUGUUAUUUUUGUGGAUUUCUUUUCCUACCCCUUGUUUUUUAUCUUCUCCUUAAAACAAUUUUAAAUUUUAUUAUUUCAAAUUCAGUUUGUUUAUUAAACUAAAAAUUUUAACACAUUACAGCACAGUUGUAAAUACUUCUAGACAUUACAAGGAGUAUCAAGUAUUGAUUCAUUUGUUCCAUAGGAAUAUAUGUUCUUCCAGCUAUGCAUAAGAAUUCUUUCAUUCUAAAUCUCUAGGCAAAUAUUGUUCAUACCUUACACAGUUAAUGACAUGUGUGUCAAGAUUCAGAUGUAUUUCUCAAAUCAUCAUUCCUUUCUAUCACCAGUUAUUCUUGAACUGGAAUUAUAGUCACCUUUCCACUGUCUUUAAAUAGAACCUUAGCUUUCCUUUAUAUGUGUUAAUUUUGAAUUAAUUUUCUCACUUCCAAUCAUUUUGUUGCAUCCAUUCUUGAAUGACAAAUUUGUUGACAUGUUUGCUGUAUAUAGAAAUUGUGGUUUGUGAUUUUCUUUUCUGCUGUAGGCAUUGUUUCAUUGUGUCCCAUUCUGUAGCUAUAUAUAGGAAGGAAUGGUGAGAAAUAACAUCAUUUUGUUUACAUACUUCUUGUCUCAGCAUAGACUAAGAACAGAGGGGCUACCAUUUAACUUGAGACCUAAUAAGUGGAGGUGGUUUACAGUUGUCCCAGUAAAAAGGGCUGAAAGUGCUGAAUGUAUAGGUAAAAUAAUAAAUGAGUGUCUGGUGAUCAAACUGAGGAAUUGUAGUAGAAACUGGGUAAGUUCUCUCCAAUCCAGUUUCCUCUUUUUCUGAAUACCCAGCUUCCCUUUUGCUUGAGUUGAAUGGUAUGAAUGUGUUUUACACACACAAAAAAUGGGCAGAAAUAAUUGUGAAGUUGGGUCAGAACAUGGUUAGGUCUGAAAAUUAAACUAAAAUUAAACUAAAAAUUAAAUUAAACUAAAAUUAAAGGAGAAAAGCAUAUAAAUGUUACUGAAUUUUUACACAUACAUCAGCGCCUUCACAUGAGAAUGAAAACCUGAAGAACUGACAAGAGUGGCAAGGUUUGUUUUAUACAUUUAGGCCAAAAAAAUUAACUGUUUUAAAAAUGACAAAAACUAGGGGUUUUGGCUAUAGGUAGUGAAUUGGUGAAAAAGUAACAAGGUAUGUUAAUGCAGUUUUCUCCACUGUGAAUUCUUUGUCUCUAGUGGUUAGAAUGUACCCGCUGUACAGAGAAGGACCUUUCACCUGGGAAAUUUAUCUACUUUUAGGGAAGCAAGAUGUGGGGGUGAUGGGAGGUAGGAGUGGGGGGAAGUCAGAGUGAACUUCCCUAAUUCAAUGGGUUUUUUUUCACCUCUUUGAGCUUGAGUUAUCCAGUAUGCCAAGGGGCCAAUUUUUGAGGUACUGUGUCCUGAAUUCAACAAGAUCAACAAGAAAAAGGUUAGGAAAGACCCCCCACAAUACACACACCUACCCAGUCAGCACACAGCCUGUCCCCCUGUGAGUUGAUUCUUCCAGGGAAGUGGCAGUGAUCCCACCAGUUACAUUGUAAGGGGUUGUGACCCCCUCUACUCUCUUACAAGUGAUUUUCUUUCUUUCCCCUCUAUAUUUUGACCUUAAAGUGGGAUCUUAGUCCCCUCACCAGGGAUUGAACCUAUGCCCUCUGCAGUGGAAGUGUGGAGUCUUAACCACUGGACCACCAGGGAAGUCCCCCAAGUGAUUUUCAUCUGUUCCUUUCUGUAACUGUUGACUGUUGGUCUCCAACAGCUCUUUACCUCCUUGGGUUUCCCUGCUUCUUGGGGUUUCUUUUCCAGACACCCCUGAAUGGGAGAAGACCUGGACAGGGCUUCGGGAUCACUGUGGGCCUCUUGGUUCUUGUUUGGGCUUUUCAGGUGGACCAGAGCCCAGGGAUGUAGGGGGAACCCCAUGAAGGUUAGUCCACUGAAACUCUUCCUGCUCCCCUCUUCCACAUGGAGCUUGAUGAGGACUUUUCCUCCCUGGCCCCCUUCCCCCUCAGAGGGGACGAUGAGAAAGGAGGUGAACCAGGUGGGGUACAGAGUGGGGAAUGGGGCCGCUGCAGACUCCCAGAGACAUCUGGCAUUGGUGGUUCCCCAGGAGGGCUGUUUAGGAAGGACUCCUAGACUGAGACCCCUCUCUCAUUCCAUAGGCAGUAUCCCCCUCUCUCACUCAGGCUGUGGAGUAGUGACUGGAUCCUAGACACAAAAUUCAGAGUGUUUGCCCUAAGCUGAGCCCUGCCUUUUCAUCACUGUGGUCCUGGCUCCCACCCAGGUGUGCACCCCCAGGUCACAGCAUUGAGUACCCCCCUUCCAAUCGGGUCCAGAGGCUGCACCAAGAAGAGCAAGAAAGAAAAGGAGCUUUGCCCACUUUCGAGGGGCUCAGUUCUCCCUGGGAUUCCCCUGCCUCCAGAUUCCCAGUGUGGGGAGCCAGCCUCAGGGCUGUGCCCUCUGCAUUGUAGCCAACACAUCCUCUGGAAGGUACCCCAGGACAGGGAGCCACCCAACCAGGUGGCCCUGAUUUCAUCUUCCUGGAUUCCUGGGGACACCAUGGCCUUGAACCAUGCCCCUCUCCCACCUCUCCUCACCUUUAGGUACUUGAUCUCUGUCUGGAGGCAGAGACAGCUUGCAGGAGGACAGAAAGGGGCCCCUGACUUGCACAGAGAGUUCCCUGGGGACCUGCAGGCAGUUUCUCUGCCCUCGUGGAGGGACCCUACAGGGACUGAGGUGCCAGUGGUGGCCCAGAGCCAGACUGUGUGGUGCAUAUAGACAAGGGACAAUAAAGCAGGCCCUAAAGGAAGAAGGCAGCUUGAUAAAUGAAGAUACAUAGAUGUCUUAUACACACACACACAUCUGUAUACCAAAUAUGAUUUUACUUUUAUGAAACAAAAAACACCUUGUAUCUGAAUAUAUAUGUCUAGUUGAGGGGUGCAGCCAUGUGCAGAAAGAGUAAAACAUACCAUGCUGCAGGAACUCUCCUGCUCUGUUGGUGGGAAUGUAAAUUGGUAUAACCAUUAUGAGGAACAGCAUGGGGGUUCCUUACAGAACUAUGUUUACAACUACCCUAUGAUCCACUAACCCCACUCCUCAGCAUAUAUUACAGAGAAAACCAUAAUUUGAAAAGAUGCUUGCACCCCAUUCCCUUUGUUCAUUGCAGAGCUAUUUACGAUAGCCAGGACAUGGAAGCAACCUAAAUGUCCAUCGACAGAAGAGUGGAUAAAGAACAUGUGGUAUACAUAUAAUGGAAUAUUACUCAGGCAUUAAAAAUAAUGAAAUAAUGCCAUUGGCAGCAUUAUGUGUUGUCAUAUUGAGUGAAGUAAGUCAGAGAAAGACAAGUAUAUGAUACCAAUUAUGUGAGGCCUUGGUACAGAUGAAUUUAUUUACAAAGGAGAAACAGGGUGGGAAGCAGGGGAGAAAUUGGGAGAUUGGGAUUAACAUAUACACAGUAUUAAAUGUAAAAUAGAUAGCUAAUAACUCACUGUAUAACACAGGGAACUUUAUUCAGUAUUCUGUAGUAACCUAUAUGAAAAUAUAAAAGGAGUGGAUAUAUGUUUAACUUAUGAAUCAACUAUACUCCAAUAAAAAAUAAAAGACAAGGAAAAAUAUACUGUGGUGCAAGCUUUGUGUUCGUCUUUUUAAGAUUUAUUUAUUAAUUUUUUUGGCUGGUCAUUGUUGUUGCACAUGGGCUGUCUCUAGGAGAAGAGCAGGGCCUACCCUUCAUUGCAGUGCGAGGGCUUCUCAUGGUGGCUCUCUUGUUGCCAAGCACAGGCUGUAGGGCUCGAGGGUUUCAGCACUUGUGGGUUGCAGUCUCUAGAGUGUGGGCAUGUAGCAUCUUCUCAGACCAGGGAUCAAAUGGGUGUUCCAUGUAUUGCAAGGUGGAUUCUUAACCAGUGGGCCAUCAGGAAUGCCCCAAACCUUGUUCUUGUUCCUGAGCCUUUUCACUUUCUUUUUCACAAGUUUGUAUACUGAGGUACACCUUUAUUAACAGUCACCAUUUUCAUAUUUCAUUCAUUUGAAGUUGCAAUGUAUAUUGAAGAACAGGGCUUCCUGGUGGCUCAGACUGUAAAGAAUAUGCCUACCAAUGUAGGAGACCGGGGUUUGAUCCCUGGGUUAGGAAGAUCUGGAGAAGGGAGUGGCAACUCACUCCGGUAUUCUUUCCUGGAAAAUUCCAUGAGCAGAGGAGCCUGGCGGGCUACAGUCCAUAGGGUUGCAAAGAGUCAGACACGACUGAAGCAGCUGAGCGCACACACAGAUUGAAAAACCUUACAGUUGCCCAGCUUCAAGACCAAAGAGCCCAGAGACAGCAGUGGUUUAAUGGACAGGGGAUCUUACCCAAAGCAAGGUCCUGAAGAAAUACACCUACCAUGGUCCACAGACAGCAGGCAGGAUGUAGCAGCAGUCUUUUUUUUUUCUUUUUCUUUUUUUUUUUUACUGGGGAUGAGAGGGAGGUUACCUGCUUUAGGGGGGACUGACGUGAGGUUGACUCAUUGGUUCUCAUGGAAACCAGCAGAAGAGCACACCACUCCCAGCCUCUUUGACGUACUGUCAAUGUUUAGAAGUUAGAAAAACAAUCACUAGCUGGGGCUAGAGCAAGAAGAUAGAGUUUUUAGUAUGCAUUUACAACUAAUGGAUGUCUAAUUCCAUAUAACACUAUGGCUUCCUGGGUAGUUUGCAUAUUUGGCUGUGCUAGUUCAUAGUGGCAGCACUGGGAAUCUUCAAUCUUCAUUGCAGCUUGCAGGAUCUUUAGUUUGCAGCAUGUCGUAUCUAGUUCCCCAAGCAGGGAUCGAACCCAGGCUCACUAUGUUGGGAAUGUAGAAUCUCAGCCAAUGGGUCGCCAGGGAAGUCCCUGAACACCUUAUUUAUUUAUUUAUUUUUUAAUAAUUUUGUUUUCAUUUUUAUUUUUUAUUUCUUGGGUACACUGGAUCUUCAUUGCUUUGCAUGGGGUUUCUUUAGUUGCAGUGAGCGGGAGCUACUGUUCCUUGUGGUGUGUGUGCUUUUCAUUGCUGUGGAUUAUCUUGUUGCAAAGCAUAGGCUCCGUGCACGUUGGCUCAGUAGUUGGGGCUCACAGGCUCUAGAGCUCAGGCUUGGUAGUAGUAGUAGAUGGGCUUAGUUGCUCCCUGGCAACUAAUCUUUUAAACACCAGCUACCUGUUGUAGUCAGAUUUCCUGCAGCCUGGGUGUAUAGUAUACCUCUGAACAGUCACGGGUCACCAGCAGAUGUGGUCCUGGUAAAAGCUAUUGAUAGAAGAGUGAUUUGUAGACAUGCCUUUCACCUUGGGUCACAUCCAGUCUUUGUGUCCUGGACAUGGUGAGAGGAGCUGCUUCCUCAAUUUGACUCCAGCUUCAUAUCCUGAACACAAUUUUAUGGACUGCUGCUUUCGUGUGUCAUGUACAAUUGUGUGUCAUUCCCUCCAAUAAAGUCAGCAAGAACUUCACCAUCAC